UCAGGACCGAAAGUGAAACGAGAACCCGCAAUUGCGUGACCUUACAAUCGCUCACGCAGUAAGGCAAGGGCUUUCACAGUCAAUACUGUUGAUCUACAGCCAGCAUCUCACCAGCAAGACAAAUUGCUUAUUCGCUGCUGUGGCUCGUGGACGAUUUUUCUUUCUUCCAACAACGUCAUGUCAAUCCGUGCUACGAAGCGUGUUAAGCUGCACGACAACAAAAACGUCAGCGACCGAAAACAAAAAAGCUUCGGACUAGAUUUGCCGCAGUCGAACAUUCUCGCAAGUCUUCCCGAAGACUUGGUCUGCCGAGUAACAAAUUUUCUUGACGCUCGCACACUAGUGGCUUUUGGAGCUACAUGUCGAUCUUUUCACGAUUUGUCUCAGAAAAAUGCAGCCGGCUGGGACAAUUUGUGUGAAGUCCUAUGGCGUUCUAAAGUGCACGUAUGUGCGGCUGCUCGAGCCCAUCCGUCCAGAAAGGAGUCUUACUUGAGGAGCAUCCGCGACGCCCAAACCCGGCAAAGCAUCACGAUCGAUGAGCUGUGCUACGAUAUUGAAACUCGACGUGGCACAAUUUGGAGCUUUCGCUUUAAAGAAUCUGCCGGGGAUGAAUGGACCAAUUUGGAUCCGUGGUACUACGGUCAGCCUUGUCGCAAAAUGGUCUUUUUGAAAGACGGCACCGUACAAGAGUUCAGUGGCAACACCAACCGCGAUAACAGCAACGAUAGCCAUGACAGAAUGUCAGCAGCACCACAAUUAGCGCCUCCUCUUUUUGAUUUUGGUUUCGAGCGUCUCGCAGCCGAUAACCACCCCGUGCCUUUCCUGGCCGCUCAUGGUCGCGAGGGGCCCCGUGUUCGUGUCGGUAACGAUGCCGUCGAAAACUUGAUUGAUCGUCCUGUAAAUAUGACCUGGCGAUUCUUAUCUCGUCCUAUGGAUUUACCCCCGAGACCGAACGGGUCAUAUCUCCGAUUCAAUGUGGGCGGUCGGGAUGUACCUACAUAUGUGAUCCGAAGGUCCCCCACGGGUAAUUGGGGGUUCGUCAUGGAAAGUUGCUGGGGAUUGUACGGUUCCUUUGAAUUGCCGCCGCAAAGGAUAUCCUCAGCACACCAGCAACGCUCAUAGACAAGGUGAAAUUGAAGACGGCUCCGACGCAAACGAUUGGAAUAUAAGUUAUUAUACAACACGAGCAUCCGUGCCUGCACAGCCGCUGCAGGAUGACUCAACUCUCCUGGUGACCAACGAAAUUCAGUGGCGGGAGGCCUUUUUGUACAACGCUGGUGCACAUAUUUUACCAGAAGGUGACGAAGCCACUACUCACUUUGAUCGUGCCUUGGCUGAGCAUUGACUGCGUCGUGCCUUAUAAGAAGAAUGACCGUAAAAGAUAUUCUCAAAUUACGCCUUC